AUGCAUAUCAAGAUCCCCGCCCUUCUACAAGGUCGUCAUGGACGGCAGAUGGCUACAGACGCAGACGGACAGUCCACAAAUGACAGCGAUCACAAGGCCACUAUCGAUAGCAAGCAUGAGAGAAUCGAGCUGGAGAAUGGAGUUCAGCAUUUUGAGUCCGCUACGGACACACAGGGAAGGGUAACAGGGCGCGUUAUUUUAGCCAUUUCUGCCCUUAGGCUGACAUAUGAAGCCGCUCUUUUCUCUUUCGUAGUACGUGCAGCUGUCCUCUUGACCAUCAAUGCAGACGUUGGCCCGUCAGCCAAUCUGAGUUGGGUUGCUAGUAGCUGGUCAUUGGCAAACGCUGUUCUGCAGGCGACUUUUGGUCGCGGGGCAGAUAUCUUCGGCCGGCGAUACUUUCUUAUCUGUGGCGAUAUUUUUGGACUUGUCUGGAACUUUAGUCAACGGACGCAUAAGCUCAUCCAAGCGCAGGGGAUCGGUGCUGCCCUUCAACAAGUUACAUAUGUGUCCGCCUUUGAGAUUGUCCCCAAAGAAACAUCGAGGGGGGCAAAUCUGUCUGCACUCAAUCUUGCUGCUCUCCCUGCUUCAAUGUUUGGAGAUAUUAUCGUGAUUCAAACCCUGUCUACUACAGAACCUGAUCGGGCUGGCUGGCUCAGAUUUGUACUCAAUGCCGCCGGGACUAUCGGAAUCAUGACAUCGGGAAUUUUCUUUGGUAUCCUGAAGCCCACGCGACUCCAACUGGUCGCAUAUACUGCGCUACAAACUGUUUUUCCAGCAGCGAUGUCAACCAUCACUCAGCACUCACUUGCGCGGGCGGUAGUUCUGGCUAUACUCACUGGUUGGGCCCUCAGCUCGACCAUGAGUGCCAGUGUCUUGUUUGUCCAGUGCGGAGCGGGCGACGAUCGCCUUGGUAUCUCGAACGGGCUGCGCGGAACCAUUGUGAACUCCGGAGCAGCCAUUGGGUUUGCGAUCUACGGGAGUAUUGUCAAUAACAAGGUCAGAGGUACCAUGGGGCCAACCAUGGCCACGGCUUUUGUCGGCGCGGGAUUACCAGCCAACUCAAUCGAACCGUUUAUUAGCGCUGCCUUUAUUGGUAGCCUCUUUGUCCCAAGUGUCGAUAUUCACUUGACUCAACAUACUGCUGUUCAACUCGAUAAGCCCCACGUCAUUGGACAUGGUGAAGGUGAAGCAAAGGUUCUCACAGAAGAAAGUGCUUAG